AUGAUGUUCAAGGACUUCCUCCAGAGCCGCUACCUCCCCCCACCUGGCUGGAAAGCUGGCGCCAUUGGAUUUGGGGCAAACUGCGAUCUUCCUGCUCCUCCUGUUCCUCCUGCUGUUGCUGCUGCUACUUCUGCCGCUGGUGCUGGUGGUUCUGGUGGUGUCGCUGGAUUCGUCGCCACAAGAGAUCGUGGAACCACCUGCGAUUUAGAGGGAUUGUCGACUUGGGGACAUUUUUGA